AUGAAGCCUUCAGCGUCUGACUCGUCAUGCAUUUCGUCUUGUGUUCACCACGUAACUAAGGGACUCCUCAACCUGCUCAUCACAAAAGUGUGUCUGUUCUCUCUGCUGUUCGGCGUGGUCUGGGCGAUCACAGGAAGUGAGUGUUUACCUGGAGGAAACCUGUUUGGCAUCGUGGUCCUCUUCAUCUGCUCCGUGCAGGGAGGGAAGCUGGUCGGAAUGAUCCAACUGCCCACGCUGCCCCCCUUCCCUCCUCUACUUGGAAUGCUGCUGGCAGGUCUGCUGCUGCGUAACGUUCCCUACAUAACGGACGCCGUCUACAUCGACACCCAUUGGUCCGCAGCGCUGAGGAAUAUCGCGCUGUCAAUCAUCCUGACCAGAGCCGGGCUCGGCCUGGACCCCACGGCGUUGCGUCGUCUGAAGACGGUGUGUUUGCGUCUUGCGAUCGGUCCCUGUCUGCUGGAGGCCUCUGUCGUCACCGUGGUUUCUCACUUCCUGUUGGGUCUGCCCUGGGUAUGGAGCUUCAUCCAGGGUUUUGUCCUGUCUGCAGUGUCUCCAGCUGUCGUGGUACCCUCCAUGUUGCUCCUUCAGAAAGAAGGAUUCGGAGUGGAGAAGGGGAUCCCCACCCUGCUGUUGGCUGCUGGGAGUUUUGAUGCUAUUAUGGCCAUAACGGGGUUCUCUACCUGCCUUGGAAUCGCCUUCUCUACAGGCGCUACGUGGAUGAACAUCCUGAAGGGUCUGCUGGAGGUGGUGGGGGGGGUGGUGGCCGGACUGAUCCUGGGUCUGUUCCUGUGGUUCGUCCCCGGCAACAACCAGGAGGACCUGGUGUUGAAGAGGACUCUCAUGCUGUCUGGUCUGUCCAUAUUCUCGGUGUUCUUCAGUCGCGUUAUUGGUUUUUCUGGAGCCGGCACCCUCUCUACGCUGGUGCUCUCCUUCCUGGCUUCUCUGGGCUGGAAGACCGACAAGGCUCCGGUGGUGGCCAUGAUGGGCCGGUCCUGGGACGUCUUCCAGCCGCUCCUCUUCGGUCUGAUCGGAGCGGAGAUCACCAUAAAGACCCUCAGCCCCACCACCGUCGGUCUGGGUCUGGCCUGUAUCAGCAUCGGUGUGGUGAUCCGCCUGCUCGUCACCUUCCUGCUGGUUCACUUCGGAGGAUUCAACCUGAAGGAGAAACUCUUCAUCUCUGUGGCCUGGCUGCCCAAAGCCACCGUACAGGCUGCGAUCGGCUCCAAGGCGUUGGACUUGGCGAGGGAGGAGGGGGACGAGACUUUGAUUGAGUUUGGUUCGACAGUGGUUACGUUAGCCGUGUUAGCCAUCCUGACCACAGCUCCAAUCGGAGCGCUCGGUAUCGGACUGGCAGGACCGCGCCUACUGGCCCGGAAGGUCGAAGAUGACGCAGAAGGCGGAGCCACGACUCCAAGCACCACGGUUGGUCGAGGAAAGGACAGUGUGACCCUGGAGAGCAUCUGAUCGGACAAACAAAAUAUCAUACAGUACAACCUUCUGUAGGGACAGACAUGUUUGUAAAAUGUCUUUAUUUUACUUUGGCGUGCUAAUGCUGGUUUUUAAUAGUGCCCUUUACAUAGAGAGUGUGGCCAACUGAAAUCAUGGGCGCCACAUUGGAGACCAUCGUCAGAUGACUCUACAGUGUAACCCUAUGGGGCGGAUAUGCUAUCUUGAAAUAAAUCGGUUAUUGUCACCAUAAACAGGAAUAUACAUGUUAUUAUCAACAUUUGUCAAUAUGUAAAAGGCCCUUACAGAAAUAUUCCAGUCUAUAUUUACCUUCUAUAUAGUAAAUGGGCCUCUAAAAUAUGCCGAUGUAGCGAGUGACCAGUCGCUUAAUAAGUCUCUGAGCAGUGUUUACCAUUCUCAUGUCCGCUAGCAUACGUACAGACUAACUAUAGCCAGUUAGCUUUGUGUGUAACGUAACAAAAAUCCACCCAUCUCGUAGGAGCAAGGCUUAA